AUGUCGGCCAAUGCGAGAGGGUUCCCUCAAGCUCCUGAAAUCAAGAUUCGGGUGCAAAACCUGCAAUGUGGGGAGGAGAAGCCCCAGUGCGUACGAUGCAGUAGCACAGGUCGGAAGUGCGAGUACUCAAGUACAAUUAUUGGUACACUCGCCCCGAUUCCUCACGUUUCAAAUCUUCACAAGACUCUCUCAUUAUCGCCAAAUACAGGAUCGCGUGAGCGUCGCGCUUUUGCCUAUUAUCUUCAGCACACAGCAGUGUCCAUUGGCGGUGGGUUAGAUGCUGAUUUCUGGAACAUUACCAUCCCACAGAUUUGCCAAAGUGAAUCGGCCGUGUGGGAUGCGAUGAUUGCAAUUAGCUCACUAUUCGAAGUCCCCAGGGCCUUUCAUCAUCUUGAUUCUGUAUCUCGUGGCCAUUCUCAAAGUCUUGGGGAAAGCCAGAAAGAUGCACUGGACUGGUAUUCGCGCUCAGUGUCAGCUGUCCGUCGGGGAAUCGAACGUGGCGCCAUCGACUCUUUUGUUGGGCUGAUCACGUGUAUGCUAUUUAUCUGUAUUGAGUCAUUACUGGGGAACAUGGAGGAAGCUAUUCUCCUCUACAGACAAGCUGUGCAUCUUAUACUCACUCUAUGGGCACAGAGAUCCUUUGGCACCGUAACAGGAGCACAAAUUUUAUUGUUAAAGGACACCAUUAUUCCCAUUUUUAUCCGCUUGGCAUCAUCCUCUCCCAAGACCACUUGGGCCUUAACAAUGACUAUGGCACGCGAGACUGAAUAUACCUGCGCAUUGCCACAAGAGUUUCGCUCUUUAAAAGCUGCUCGAGAGGCCAUCGUUAUGUUAGCUGCGGAGGUCACCGUCUUCGAACAAACUUGCGAGCAAUAUUUACAAAAGUCACAGGCCUGGAAUAUAUCCGAAGACAUGAUGAGUCAACAGGGUUUCCUAUCAGCGAGGCUACAAAGCUGGCAUACUGCUUUCACUAACUUCUUGGGUUCUCAGCGCGCAAAAGGCGACUUAUCCCCAUUCCAUGUCAGCAUUGAUGCACUCCUUUCCUCUUAUCACGAGAUGUUAUUAAUCAUCCUCGGUGUCUGCAAAUCGCCAUUACGCAUCACGACUGAUGCAUACACAGAGAACUUCCGAGCCAUAGUUGAAAAAUCUUCAAUUGCUUUAGGAGACUUAGGGCGAGAAGAUGGCGUACGGGCGCCGUAUACGUUCGAACUCAGUGUCGGUCUUCCGCUCUGGUUCACAUGCAUUAGGUGCCGUGAAUCCAGGAUUCGCCGUGCAGCCCUCGCUCUACUGCGACGGACGCAUCAGGUGCAGGGGCUCGCGAAGCGAGACCACGGAACCGCGCUCGUCGAAGUAAUCAUGAUGCUGGAGGAAACUUCAGCGAUAUCAGUAAAUGCAGCUGAAGACGGAGCUAAUUUUACAUUCUCGCAACCUUUCAAUAAAUGCAUUAAUCAUAAGUCCCACUCUCAAGACAGCGGUCCUUUCGACACUCUGGAGGCCGAAGUUGCCGCACGCUCAACACCUCAAUGUACACAUAGGAAAACUGAAAAAGGAGUAAUUAACUUCAUUCCUCAGGAGGCACGAGUCCGACCUCAUGGAGCUUUUCGACUAGGGGACGAGCUUCCCCCUGAGUUGACAGAACAAGACAUUGCUACGUCGAAUCUACAAUGCGGUCAAACAUAUCUGCAUAUCUCGCGGAACGAGCGGGAUCUAACCAACAACAGUUGGAGAAUGGUGCACGAUUUUAUACCUCUUGUCCUCUGA